GGCUGUGGAAACCGAAAGGGCUGAGCUCGGGACGGGUCUCGGCGCGGAGCUUGAUUCACCUUCACCCCUGCGGCGCGUCCGCCGAGCCUCAGGCGAAUCCCGGGGAGCAGUAAACCAUGAACGGGAGAGUGGAUUAUUUGGUCACUGAGGAAGAAAUUAAUCUUACUAGAGGACCCUUAGGGCUGGGCUUCAACAUCGUCGGUGGGACAGAUCAACAGUAUGUCUCCAAUGACAGUGGCAUCUACGUGAGCAGAAUCAAAGAGAAUGGGGCUGCAGCCCAGGAUGGGCGGCUCCAGGAGGGUGAUAAGAUCCUCUCGGUAAAUGGCCAAGAUCUAAAGAACCUGCUGCACCAGGAUGCCGUGAACCUCUUCCGUAAUGCAGGCUAUGCUGUGUCCCUGAGAGUGCAGCACCGGUUACAGGUGCAGAAUGGACCUAUAGGACAUCGAGGUGAAGGGGAGCCAAAUAGUAUUCCUGUAGCUGUGAUGCUGUUGCCAGUGUUUGCUCUCACCAUGGUAGCAGCCUGGGCCUUCAUGAAGUACCGACAACAGCUUUGAAAAGCUUUCUGCCAGUGCUCCCAGUGAACUUAUGUUUCUCUCACCCUCCAUCCCUGCUAUUUUUUUGUAUCUUCCCCCCUCUGAAUAACCAACACAUGAGUGAAAGUGACUGAUUCCGACCUAGCACCUUGCUCUUCAAAACCUCCAAAUGUUUAUAUUCUAAUGGGAGAGUAAAGAUAUUAUUUGAAGGAAAGCUUGGCAUAAGCUAAGACUUACUUAGAACAAAUGGGGAAUUACAUAUUUUACUAGGACUGCCAAUAAAAAUUCAGCUAGGACCCAAAGAGGGAAAGAUCCAGUCUUCCUGCCACCAUGAGUUACACCUUUUUUCUUAACUGGCAUGGAAGGCCAGAUGUAUGACAUGAGAGGAAGCAAGGAUUUUCUUACUUAAUGAUCUUCCUUGGGAAGUGUUUGUGGCCUUUUACAUACAUUCUUGAGUGCCUGUAAUGGACACAAGAGAAUAAGAAGAGCUUUUUACUUUUUUUAAAAAGCAAAUAACAAAAAAAAACACACACACACGCAUCCUUAUGUGACAGUAUAAUAUUGAUGCCUUAUGGAGAAUUAAAGAGGUGAAGAAACCACUUUGGUUUCUGAUCUAAGAGAUGAUCCUAAUUGAAGAACUUGGGAAUAUCUGCUUUGUAGAGCAUACAUAGUGGGAAUGAGGAAGCUUUUAAAGAGGGUGCUCGGAGUCAGAAAAGUAAUAGGUGAAGCAACUAAUUGAAAAUUGUGGAAGAACAACCUUUUCAUAACGCCUAUGGUGAUAUUGAGGUAAAUUAUAAAAUAAUUCAAGUUGAUUAUUCAAAAAAAAACCAAAACACCCUUGAGAUAUUCAGCUAAAUUUUAUCAAGCUCCGGGCUGCCUAAUGGCUUUUGUGGAGCCUCAUCGCACCAGGACGGCAGAGUGCGUGGAUGUGGCCAGGGCUGGAGUCACCGGGCCAAACCAAACCAGCAAGACAACGGAAAAGAUCGAGCCCCAGGUGGCCUCUGAACCCCUCUAGGCUGCUGACCAUUCUCUGAUUUCUAGCAGGACAGAGAAGAAAUCAGCUCUGCUUCUGAUUUAGUUAAGUUGAAAAGAUCUGGAUUACUAUUUUUUUUCAAAGACACUAAAUACUUGUUAUGGUUUUUAUUAUAAGUGAAUAAACUUGUUUUUUUUUUUUUUUUUUUUUUUGUUUUUCAGAGGAAGGAAGGAAAUGAGUUUUGUUUUAGGGAGGAGGGGGAUUUGUUGGGUGUUUUCCGGGGAAGUCUGGGAAGGAGAGUGCAAGUGAAUGGACCUUAGGAGAUAGGGGGGUGCUGGCAAGGUAGGAACACCAUCCUGUUCUGUGGUACAUAAGUUGGGUUUGAAGCACUGAGAAUAGCUGAACCAAGUUCAAUUUUCUGGGCUUAAGAAAAACUAUUUCUAUCCUCUGGAUAACUUGGCCAGAUUGUAUGGCUUACGUAUUUCAACCUAAGAUUAUCUAGACUCUGCCUGAGGCAAUCAGAUACCAAUUUUAGCAUAGACAAUCUAGCUGUUAUCUAAUAAAUACUGAUUGGACAUGG